AUGUUGUCAUUAGUAAUAUUACUGGCUUCUAUUAGCCUAACAGAAGCCUUUACUACACAAAGUUAUGGAGUUGAAGGUAAAAUACAUUGUGACAAUCGACCAGCCAGCGGAGUUGUAAGUCAUUUUUAAAUUAUUUUAUAAUCUAUGUCAACCACUUUCGCUACUCAUUUUGACCUAGACUAUUUUAAAUUAACCUCUGUUUUCUAGAUAGUCCACUUAGUAGAUCAAGACACCUUUUCGGCUGAUGACAUUAUGGCUGAUGGUGAGACAGGCUCAGAAGGCUCGUUCCGUCUGAGUGGUCACACUUCUGAAUUGGGUACCAUCAACCCAGAACUUCAUGUUUACCACAGAUGUGGAGACCCAAAGAGUCGAGAGAAAGAUUGUCCAGCUGUCUAUAAGAUUGAGCUGCCAAGACAAUUAGUGACGAAAGGAGAGGUACCAAAGAAUGUGUAUCAUGUAGAUACGGUUAACCUUAGGUACGAUUCUAAGGCUACCAGAUACUGUUUAGACUAA